AUGUCGUACGGGGAAAGAGCAUAUCCUAGUGGUGCCACGUCCAUUGUUAGAAAAAUCUUCACCAUUGUUAGUCUUAUAAAUAGCAGAGAUAGUCAUACUUCAAUCUUUGCAUUAUCAUUAUUAGAUGUUUUAGUUAAAAAUUGUGGUUAUCCUUUCCAUUUACAAAUAUCUCGUAAAGAAUUCUUGAAUGAAUUGGUGAAAAGAUUCCCUGAAAGACCUCCAAUUAGAUAUUCACGUCCUCAAAGAUUAAUCUUGGGUCAAAUUGAAGAAUGGAACCAAACUUUAUGUAAAACUUCAAAAUAUAAAGAAGAUUUAGGUUUUAUUAGAGAUAUGCAUAGAUUAUUAUCUUAUAAAGGUUAUGUUUUCCCAGAAGUUAAAGCUGAAGAUGCUUCUGUGUUGAAUCCUUCUGAUAAUUUAAAAUCUGCUGCUGAAAUUCAAAAAGAAGAAGCAAUUGCUCAAGCUGCUAAAUUACAAGAAUUAGUUAGACGUGGUAGACCAAGUGAUUUAAAAGAAGCAAAUAAAUUAAUGAAAAUUAUGGCUGGUUUUAAAGAUGAUAACUUAGUUGAUAGUAAAGCUCAAGUUGCUGAAGAUUUAGAUCGUUUAAAAAGAAAAGCUGAUAUUUUCAAUGAAAUGUUGGCAACUUCAGAAAAAUCUGGUUCUUUAGAUACAAGUGAUGAAACUUUGGUUGAAUUAUAUAGUGCUUUAAAAGUUGCUCAACCAAAAAUUCAAAAAAUCAUUGAAGAAGAACAAGAUGAUGAAGAAUCUGUUCAAGAUUUAUUAAAAAUUAAUGAUACUGUUAAUUCCUUAGUGGAAAAAUAUAAUUUCUUGAAAAAUGGUGAUUUAGCAAAUGCUUCAAAAGUUCAAGUUGCAAAUGCCGGUUCUGGUGUUCAACAAUCAUUAAAUUUAAUUGAUUUUGAUGAUGAUGUUUCUCCUGAACCAACUGGUGAAAAUAAUAAUAAUAAUAACAAUGGUAAAGUUGAUGAUUUAUUAGGUGAUUUAAGUGAUUUAUCAUUUGGUGGAUCUUCAAAUCAACAAUCAUCAUCAUCAAACAAUUUUGGUUCAGGUGGUGAUAUUACAUUAGAUUUCUCUUCAAAUCAACCUUCAAGAGCAACUUCACCAAAUUAUGAUAUUUUCAAUCAAUUAUCAAAUAAUAAUACUACAACUACAUCAACCACAACUCCAGCUAAUCCAACUGUUUCAUCAUCAAAUCAAAAUGCAUUUGCAUCUUUAGAUACUUCACUAAUAGGGUCUUUUGGUGGUCAACAACAACAACAAUCUAAUCCACGUUCUUUAGUUAAUGAAUCUCAACACUUAAAAUUUGAAUUAGAAUUAUCAAGAGAUUCACAAAAUACUGUAUCUGCAAAGGCAAUUUUCUCAAAUAUUGGUACUUUUGCUAUAUCAAAUUUACAAUUUUUAAUUGCUGUACCAAAAUCUUUAUCAUUAAGACUUGAACCUCAAAGUGGUAGUUUCCUUGGUUCAUUUGCUAAAGAUGCUGUAACUCAAUCUUUCAAAGUUGAUUCAACAAAUGCCAAUGUCCCACCAAAAAUCAAAUGGAAAGUUAAUUAUAUUGUUAAUGGUUCUGAUGUUGAAGAAACUAAUACUUAUACUUUUAACGUAUAA